GGAAAGGCUUCCAUACCAUACGGUGUGUCCAAAGUGGCCCUGGACUUUGCCACCCGAGCGCUGGCCAUUGAGUUGGGACCAAACAUCCGGGUCAACGCUAUUAACCCGGGUUGGAUACUGACGGAUAACCUGAAACGGCACUCCACUCCCGAGGAGUUGGCCAAAGUGGCGGCCGCCACACCCUUGAGACGUAUCGGUCAGCCCAUAGAUGUGGCCAAAGGUGUCGUAUUCCUGGCCUCCACUGACGCCCAGUUCAUUACCGGCGCUAAUCUGGUCACCGAUGGGGGCGUUGUCUAUAAUUCAUAAAUUGUGACACUUUUCUUAAGUUUUAUAAAUAAAUUUAAUAACGAUUAGCA